CGGACAGUCGAGUCUAUGUUUGUCCCAUGUCCCACUCCGUACUUCAGCCAUGCUCGUGAGGUGAAGUGUUGACAAGAUUGUUUUCGGACUGUCUAUAUACAUAGAUAUAGAUUUACUAAUAAAACCGGUUUUGCACCGUGUCCGGGGACAUGUCGUGGCUUCUCGUGUUCGUGUCGACCGCACUCGGUGUCUGUGGCGCAAACGUGUGUCCGUGCGAGAGUCCGGAGCUCUGUCAGCAGAUCCGUGAGGAGCGAGACUUCGAGGUGUUUUUGUUUGACGUGGGUGGAAAGACAUGGAAGUUCUACAACUGGAGCAUGGUGACGACAGUGGCGACAUUUGGAAAAUAUGAUGCUGAACUCAUGUGUUAUGCUCACUCCGAAGGAGCUCGGGUAGUCCUCAAAGGUGACGUCCCGCUCUCCUACAUCGUGGACCAAGGUAACAGGACCGCGUGGAUAACAGAGAAGGUCAACUUGGCCAAAAGUCAGUUUAUGGAUGGAAUCAACCUGGACAUUGAACAAGCGGUAGAAGAGGGUUCGCCCGAGUACCACGCUUUGACAGACCUGGUCAAGGAAACCACUGAGACGUUCCAUAGGGAGAUCCCAGGAUCACAGGUAUCAUUUGAUGUUGCCUGGUCCCCAAAAUGUAUCGACAAACGCUGUUAUGAUUAUGUCACCAUCGCCAAUUCCUGCGACCUGCUGUUCGUCAUGUCCUAUGAUGAGCAGAGUCAAAUCAUGGGCGACUGUAUUGCAAAGGCAAACGCUCCGCUCACUCAAACACUGAAUGCCUAUGACCAGUAUCUGAAUCUGAAGAUCGAUCCAAAGAAGCUAGUGAUGGGAGUUCCGUGGUACGGCUAUGACUACCCAUGCCUCAACUUUUCCCAGGAGGGAAUAUGCUCUAUAGCCAAAGUUCCUUUCCGUGGAGCUCCCUGCAGUGACGCAGCUGGAAAACAGAAACCAUACAAGUGGAUCAUGAAGCAGGUUGAGAGCUCGUUGUCUGGCAGGAUGUGGGACAGCAAGCAGCAGGCUCCUUACUUUAAUUACAAGGACCAGCACGGACAUAUUCAUCAGGUUUGGUAUGAUGACCCACAAAGUAUUUGUCCCAAGGCUGAUUCUGUGAAAUCUAAAGGUUUGAGGGGCAUUGGCAUGUGGAAUUCCAACAUCUUGGACUACAGCAGUGAAACGGUUGCCAAGCAGCAGACCGCGAUGAUGUGGAAUGCUCUGUUAGGAUGCUAGCUGGGUUACACUCGACACUGCUGCAGAAAUUUACACACCACCCCUGAGACCCUUCUGUUUGUCGCAAAGUCAAUAUAUUCUUUGUAGCAGGAGACUUCAGGGAUGCAUACCUGCACUUCAGAGUUUAUUGUUGCUUUUAUUGCUGUUGUCUUUGAAUGAAGUUACGACGUAGAAAUUCCUCUGUUCUAAAUGAAAUAACUUUGAUUCUCAGCUUGUUGAGCUCUGUGCACUUUAUAUUUUUCACAAAUAAAACAUUUUCUGAUAAAUUACUAAA